UUCCUUUACCUCGCCAUGACGUCCGCCGCUUCCUUCUCCCAUCGCUCUCGGCAGCAGCAGCAGCAUCUAGGCAAGCGCAGUGUCCACGGCUCGGGAGCGCGAUGCGCAGCUCCGAGGAGGUGGCAGCGGCGGAGGGUUCAGGCGCGCCGGGCUCUUCCGCGGACCACCCCGGCGGGGCAGGAUCGGGGGGAUGCGAGGUAGGCUCGCGGCCGCACGACUCGGAAGGAGACGGGCGCGCGGCGGUGCAGGUCACGGUCACGCCGAUGCCGCCGCCGCCGGCUCCGAAUACAUCGGCGACGCCUGAGGCAGCACCCACGGCACCGGAGGCCAGAGCAGGGAGUGUGACGGCAUCGGCGGCACCUGAGGUGAGAGCGGAGAGUGUGGCGGCAUCCGCGGCGCCUGAGGUGAGAGCGGAGAGUGUGACGGCAUCGGCGGCGCCUGAGGUGAGAGCGGAGAGUGCGGCGCCAUCGGCGGCGCCUGAGGUGAGAGUUGAGAAUUUGCCUGCGCCUGCGCCUGCGCACCCGCAACCUGGACCGAGGCCGAGGCGGCGGUCGUGGUCGGGGAUCCCAUGGACGAGGCUCGUGCUCGGAGGCCUGCUAGUGGUGGCGGUCGGCUAUGCCUUCUACAGAUGGGGGCUCCCCCUCUUAUCAGACAAGGUGCUCUUGCCGAUCAUGCGAUGGGAGGCGACAUCUUUCGGGCGCCCGGUGCUGGCCCUUGUGCUGGUCAUGUCCAUGUCCGUCUUCCCUACCGUGUUCCUGCCUUCUUUCCCGUCCAUGUGGUUGACAGGGAUAAUAUUCGGCUACGGCCUGGGCCUCUUGAUCAUCCUGGUUGGCACCGGCAUAGGCAUGUCCAUACCGUACUGGAUCGGCUCGCUGUUCCUUCACCGCAUUCACGGAUGGUUAGAGAAGAAAUGGCCUCAGCAGAUAGCUCUGAUCAAGCUGGCUGGCAGAGGGGGCUGGUUCCAGCAGUUCCGGGUGGUUGCGCUGUUACGACUCUCGCCGUUCCCCUAUGUGAUGUUCAACUAUGUUGCAACCAUCACCCAGAUCAACUUCACCCCUUACAUUUGUGGCUCGGUUGUUGGAAUGGUACCUGACGCCUUGGUCAACAUCUACAGUGGCCGGCUGAUUCUCGCACUGGCGGACCUGAAGUAUGACCAGCGUCGGAUGACAACAGUGGAGAUAGUGUACAACGUCAUCUCUGCCAUCGUUGCCGUUCUUAUAGGGGUCGGGUUUACGGUCUACGCGAGAAGGGCCUUGGAUGGCAUACAAAGCGCGGAAAGCGCGCAGCAACCUGAACCCGCUGUCGUCCCUGCUGUCGCCACAUCGGAACUCGGUGGUGAUCGCCAUCGAAGUUCUAGCUCUGUGCCGGUAGAUGUUGUGUAGUGGCAUACUGGCAUGAAGUGGAUUCUUCAACUGGAUGAAGAACUGCAAGUGGUUGAAAGAUCCAGCCAGGGUUUUACAGAAUGCUCUGCACCCUGCUGCAGCACUUGUGUUGGUUGGGUUGGGUGUGAAAGAUCAAGACUUCGUGGGUUCUUUCUUCUAACCUGGAACAAUGUGGAUUUACCUGACCGGCUUUAUUCAGUUGGAAAACACACACGGAUAGCAGAAGGAAAACAUGGUGAGACGGGUAGGCCCCGUCUGGUGUUGCGGUAGCUUUCAUAAGCAUUUGUUUCAUUUUGUGAAUAUAUAGCAGUUAGAAAGACCUCCUUCUUAGAAAUAACAGAGA